GACCGAGGAGAGUAGCGAAGCCAUGGAGGAAACCCGCAGCCGCCGUAAGAGGGGGAGACCUCCUCCCCCUGUCGGUUGCUCCUCCUUCAAUCGCACCGUAUUUCCCCUCCUCCUCGCGGCUGCCGCCACCUCGUCGUCGUCCUUCGCCUCCGGCGACCUCCAGAACCCUCACGCCCGAUUCAUCCUCCGGCGAUUCCUCCGCGCCCGUCUCGCUCUCCUCACAACGAGAACUCCCCCUUGUUCUUCUCCUUCUGCCCUCGAACGUCUCCUUCCCGAAGGCCUCCUCACCCUGUUCCCUGUCCUCCUCACCUCCAGGUGGGCAUCUGUGGCUGCACUGGGAGCGGAGGUGGUCGGCGCCGCCGCCCUCUACUCCCUGGAGGCGAACGAGAUGAUGGCUUCGGACGAAGGAGUCGUGAAGGGUUUGGUUCGCGCUUUGGGGAGCAAAAGCCGCCGCAUAGUCAAGGCUGCGUUACACGCUGUUAUGGACCUUUCGACCUCUCCAGUCGGAAGAGAGCAGCUCUGGAAGGCAUCAGCUGUUGAGAGAUUAUUAUCUUUUUUUUAUCAGUUAGCGAAGACAAGUGCCAUAUCUGCUGUCCAUCACAGUAUGGAAAAAGGAAGUGAUGUAUGUUCAAACAGAAGGCCUGUGGAAGAAAAAAUUGUAGCAUUAGUCCUUGAUGUGAUGGUAAUCCUUAUAAAUACUUCUACUGAGAUUCUCUUGAAUAUGAUUCCAAGAGACCUAGUAAACAGAUCAUUGCCAUUGUUGCAAGAACUUUGGAAGAAAAUUCGAGGUGCGUCAAUACCAAGAAAUUGGGGAAGAUGCCUCCAUUUUACAGAAUAUGAUCUUGCUUCCACAAUUUUUAGGCUUUCUAUGAAGCAAGCUAACCCUGCUCCUUGCGAAAUUGACAAGAUCAGGAUAAGUAUAUUUGGAAAUGAAAUAUCUAAUUUUGAAAAUUUUAUGUUGAAGUAUUGGGAGAACUCACCCUUUCUACUCAGUGGGUCAUCAAAUAUUCUUGAAAAGGACAAUGCUGUUUUUAGUUCCUUGGUCCAGUCUUUGAAUCCUACAUCAACUGAUGAUGUCCUUGAUUCAAUUUUGAUGGAACUAGUUUCCUGUCCCCCUCUUGCUUCAGAUGAGCUUGAUAUUAAUUGUUUUAUGAAUGAGAUGAAUAGUUCACUGGGUUCUCCACUCAUAUAUGGACAGGAUAUUCGGGUUUUGAAAGCACGAGAACUAAUGGCUGAAUCCUUCAAAAAUUAUGUGAAAAAAGAAGUGCAUUUCUUUGAGAAUGGUAUGCGUAAAGUGUUUAUAGAUGGUGAUAAUGCUCAAAAGUGUAAAGAAGCAUUUCAAAAUGGUUUUACAGUUGCACUGCGUGGAAUGGAGUUUCGGUUUGCUAAGGUCGCUGCUAUUGCCAAAGGGUUAGAAGUUUUAUUUGGUCAACCAUCAGUUGGGGCAAAUUUGUACCUAACACCACCAGGAUCUCAAGGUUUAGCUCACCACUAUGACGAUCAUUGUGUAUUUGUGUGGCAACUCUUUGGUCAAAAGCACUGGACUAUUUCAUAUUCUCCCACAUCUGUUCUGCCCAGGUUAUAUGAACCUCUUAGCAGUUUCCCUUGCUUAGAGAGUGAGAAAGGUGGAGGCUUGCAGCUGACACUCAAUGAAGGUGAUAUUCUGUAUAUUCCUAGAGGUUAUCCUCAUGAGGCUCAUACAAAUACUGAUGCUUCUGAAUCUCAGAAUAAUAUGUCUUCUGGUUUUUCCUUGCAUCUUACACUUUCUAUUGAAGUGGAGCCACCUUUUGAGUGGGAAGGUUUUGCUCAUGUUGCUCUUCAUUGUUGGCAUGAAAAGGAGAAAGAAUUAUCAGAUUCCAUCACUAGUUCCGAAGCCAGAACAAUGAGAAUCCUUUCUGUGUUUCUUUUGCAUGUUGCAAUCAGGCUGACAGCUAAUUGUAAUCCUAUCUUCAGGAAAGCUUGCUUGGUUGCUGCAAAAUUAGGUUCGGCAGAAGUUCUUGACGAGCCUCAUUCUGAGACUCUUAUGCUAAGCCAAAAAGCUACCUUUUGGAAUAUAAUGAAUAUAAUCAGAAAUAGCUCUAAUUUCAUGGAAGUAUAUAAGAUUGUAGCAGUUAUUCAGGAAAGCAAUGAUGAUUCUUUGCAAUGGAUGAGGUGGCUUCGGCAUUUGCCCCAGGAUGGAGCUGAUGAUGCAAAAAUAGACUUCAGUAACCUUUUGAGAAUGUGGGAUAAACUUGUGGAAUUCAAAGGGAAUGGGGAACUCAAGGAUGAAUUUUUUAAGACCAAGUCCAAAUUUUGUAGAAGUGUAGUAUAUGAUGAUGCAUGUAAGAUGUUCCACAUGCUGUUGGAGAGGUAUAGAAGAACCAGGAGACAGUAUAUGUGCGGGAUGUUGUCACUCAAUUCUGCAUAGCAAGCGAAACAGGUUAUUUACCCCCCACCAGUUGGCACUUGAUUGAACAAGAAUUAAAUUUGUCCAGACUAGUUUCUUGUUAUGUUGUGAGUGCAUGGUUCACUUUCUGGGACUGUUCUAUGUCAUCACCAACAUGCAUUUAGAAUCAACCAGAAGUUUGAACAAAUGGAGCUACCAGAAUGUUUAGGAUGCUUGGGCAGUGGAUAACGAUGACUAUUUACUUCACGAUAAAUACGCACUGUGUUACAUACCUUCCUCUUCUAUGUGCUGAAUGCCUAUCACAAUUUCAAUUUUUUGGCUUUGGCCCGAGUGAUCUGGAUCAACUGUAAUCAUGAAAUUUGUUAAGAUUUUUACAAGUGAUUCAAGUC